AUGUCUGCUGACUGGGGCUCUUUCUUCCACUCAGGUAGCAGGUCUUCCCAUGAGGAGCCGAAGCCUGAGAAUGUGAGCGGGGACGAUGAGAUUGUCGAGCCCGAUCAGGGCAACGUCCUUUCCCACAUUAUCUCGCAGCUCCGACCGGGUGCAGAUCUCAGUCGGGUCGUCCUGCCUACCUUCAUCCUCGAACCCCGAUCCAUGCUGGAGCGCAUCACAAAUUUCAUGGCACACCCCGAGACCCUGCUGCCUAUGCCCGAUAUCGAUGACCCCCUCGAACGUUUUGUCUCCGUGGUCAAGUUCUACCUGAGCGGAUGGCACAUCAAACCGCCCGGUGUGAAGAAGCCGCUGAACCCGAUCCUGGGCGAGACCUAUACCUGCUACUGGGACUACCCCGACGGAACCCGCGGAUACUAUAUCUCGGAACAAACCUCGCACCACCCGCCCAAGUCGAGCUACUUCUUCAUGGCCCCCGAACACAACAUCCGCAUUGACGGCACCCUGAAGCCACGCAGCAAGUUCCUCGGGAACUCAGCCGCCAGUAUGAUGGAGGGCAUUGCGAUCCUGCGCUUCUUGAAUCGCGGCCAAGACAAGGAGAAGGGCGAACGAUACAUCCUGACGCAACCUAACAUGUACGCUCGCGGCAUCCUGUUUGGAAAAAUGAAGUACGAGCUUGGUGACCACAGCUACGUGCGCUGCCCGGAGAACAACCUUGUCGCCGACAUCGAGUUCAAGACCAAGGGUUAUUUCUCGGGCACCUACAAUGCUAUUGGUGGAACGAUCAAGAAUGAGAAGACUGGUGAGGUCUACUACGAGCUGACCGGACUCUGGAACGGUGAGAUGUACAUUAAGGAUGUGCAUACCCAUAAGAAGGAGCUUCUCUUCGACGCAACCCACGCCAAGCACACUCCCCCCUUGACGCGGCCUCUCGAGCAGCAAGGCGAGCGCGAGUCCCAGCGGUUAUGGCACAGCACCGUCAAGGCCAUCAUCGCCCGGAACCACGAGGCGGCCACGGAUGAGAAGACCAAGAUCGAGGACCGUCAACGAGAGGAGGCGGCCAAGCGGGUCGACGAAGGUGUCGAAUGGCACCCCCGACUCUUCCGUCGGGUACAGGGUGGGCCCAACGGCCCGGACGAGGGCGAGGAGGACUUGGACUGGAUCAUCAAUGCGCAUGUCGACGCGCAUGACCCUGAGCUUGCGGCCAAGCAGAUUCUCGCCAUCGCACCCAUCCUGGACGGCCAGACGGAGUCUUCCGAAUAUCAGAUCCCCCCGCACAAGUCGCACGAACCUGUUCCCACUGACGAGGUGGCCAACGGUGAGGCGCCUGUUCCGGUACAGCCCAAGCCCGAAGUCGUGGAAGCAGUUGAGCGCAAGGAUUCCCGCACCAACGAUAUCGACGCGUACGUGGAUGCGAAGGAGAACUGA